AUGCAAGAAAAUGAAGAACUACCCGCUGAGUUGGUAGACCUUUAUGAGGUUUCAUUUAUUUCACAAACGCUUGAAGAUCUUUUAGCUGAAGAGAUGUUUGAAGACAAUGAUUAUGAUAGCGAUGGUGAUAAUACAGAAUUGAGUAAUGAUACAAGUGUUAUUAAUGAAGAACAAAUUGAAUCGAAUAUUACAGCAUCACUACAAAACAAAGAAAAAACUAGAGGAGAAAAAAAAGGUCAUAGAAGUAAAAAUAAAGAAAAUAAUGCAG